AUUUCAAAACGCGAAAAAGGAAGAAAAAAAAAACAGAGAGAGAAAAGACUUUUAGAGACGCUGUACCUUCUUUCCUCUCUUUGUUUUUUCAAAUCUCUGAAUUGUUGCUCCAGAGAUCUACGCCACCUUUGAUUUUGUUCCGAUCUGCGCCACCUUUUAAUCGAUUAGUCUUCUUUAUUACUCUGUUUGAUUUUCACUGAUCCAAAAGAGGAAACAGAUCUUUAGAUUCAAAAAGAAAUGGAAGCGAUCGAAGAGUUGUCACAGCUUUCAGAUUCCAUGAGGCAAGCGGCGGCGUUGCUUGCCGACGAAGAUGUUGAUGAAAACUCAAGUUCAAAGAGGUCUUCUACUUUCCUCAACGUCGUUGCUCUCGGCAAUGUUGGGGCUGGGAAAUCUGCAGUUUUAAACAGUUUAAUUGGACACCCUAUUCUGCCAACCGGUGAAAAUGGUGCUACCAGGGCUCCUAUUAGCAUUGAUUUACAGAAGGAUGGUUCUAUAAGCAGCAAAUCGAUUAUUCUGCAAAUCGACAACAAAUCUCAACAAGUUUCUGCCAGUGCAUUGCGGCAUUCUUUACAAGACAGGUUAAGUAAGAGUUCCUCAGGAAAGAACCGAGAUGAGAUUUACCUUAAGCUGCGGACAAGUACAGCACCUCCCCUGAAAUUAAUUGACUUGCCUGGACUGGACCAGCGAAUUAUGGAUGAAUCAAUGAUUAGUGAUUAUGCUGAGCGUAAUGAUGCCAUUUUAUUAGUUAUUGUUCCUGCGGCCCAAGCACCAGAAAUUGCUUCAUCACGAGCACUCCGCCUUGCCAAAGAGUAUGAUGGAGAAGGUACUCGAACCAUUGGCAUAAUUAGCAAAAUAGAUCAAGCUGCCUCUGAGCAAAAAGCACUUGCGGCUGUUCAGGCUCUCCUGUUAAAUCAGGGACCACCAAAGACAGCUGAUAUCCCAUGGGUUGCUUUAAUUGGUCAAUCGGUUUCAAUAGCUUCUGCACAGUCUGGAUCAGAAAAUUCUUUGGAAACAGCAUGGAGAGCAGAGUUUGAAACCCUCAAAUCCAUACUAACUGGAGCUCCUCAGAGCAAGCUGGGAAGAAUAGCUUUGGUCGAUGCUCUUGCACAGCAGAUUCGUAAGCGCAUGAAAGUCAGGCUUCCAAACCUCCUCUCCGGGUUACAAGGGAAGUCCCAAAUUGUUCAGGAUGAGUUGGUAAGGCUUGGUGAGCAGAUGGUCCAGAGUGCUGAGGGUACAAGGGCUAUUGCAUUGGAACUCUGUCGUGAAUUUGAGGAUAGAUUUCUGCAACACAUUACAACUGGUGAGGGUUCUGGAUGGAAAAUUGUUGCCAGUUUUGAGGGGAAUUUUCCUAAUAGGAUCAAGCAGCUUCCAAUAGACAGACAUUUUGAUAUCAAUAAUGUCAAACGGAUUGUAUUAGAAGCUGAUGGUUACCAGCCAUAUUUGAUAUCCCCUGAAAAGGGUUUGAGAUCUCUAAUAAAAGGGGUGUUGGAGCUGGCCAAAGAACCCGCACGUCUUUGUGUUGAUGAGGUACACCGUGUCCUAAUAGACAUAGUUUCUGCUGCUGCAAAUGCUACACCUGGUUUGGGAAGGUACCCUCCAUUCAAGAGAGAGGUUGUGGCCAUUGCUAGUGCUGCCUUGGAUGGGUUUAAAAUUGAAGCCAAAAAAAUGGUUGUGGCACUUGUUGACAUGGAGCGAGCUUUUGUACCCCCUCAGCACUUUAUUAGAUUGGUGCAAAGGAGGAUGGAAAGACAGCGCCGGGAGGAGGAGCUGAAGAAUCGGUCCUCAAAGAAAGGACAUGAAGCUGAGCAGGGAAUGCUGAAUAGGGCACCAAGUCCUCAACCAGGUGGUCAGCAAACUGGUGGAACCUUGAAGUCAUUGAAAGAGAAAUUUGGGCAGGGUGAGAAAGAAGUACAGGAGGGGUCUGCUUUGAAAGUUGCUGGUGCUGAUAAAGAAAUAACUGCAGGGUUUUUGCUGAAGAAAAGUGCUAAAACUAAUGGAUGGAGUCGGCGAUGGUUUGUUUUGAAUGAGAAGACUGGAAAGCUUGGCUACACCAAAAAGCAAGAGGAAAAGCAUUUUCGAGGUGUCAUUGUGUUAGAGGAAUGCAGCAUUGAAGAAAUACCAGAUGAGGAAGAACCUGCCCCAAAAAGUUCGAAGGAUAAAAAGGCUAAUGGCUCGGAUAAGCAACCGAGUCUUGUGUUCAAGAUAACUAGCAAGGUUCCUUAUAAAACUGUCUUGAAAGCUCACAGUGCUGUUGUGUUGAAGGCUGAAAGUAUGGCUGAUAAGACUGAAUGGUUAAACAAAUUGUCAAAAGUUAUUCAACCUUCUACAGGGCCAGUGAAAGGUGGACCUGAUGGCACUCCCGGAAUGCGACAGAGCCGUUCAGAUGGUUCUCUUGAUACAAUGCCUCGAAGACCUGUUGAUCCUGAAGAAGAACUUCGAUGGAUGUCUCAAGAAGUUCGUGGUUAUGUCGAAGCUGUAUUGAACAGUUUAGCUGCCAAUGUCCCCAAGGCUGUUGUUCUUUGCCAAGUGGAGAAAGCUAAAGAAGACAUGCUAAAUCAGUUAUAUAGCUCUGUCAGUGCUCAAAGCACGAAUAGGAUUGAGGAGCUACUUCAAGAGGAUCAAAAUGUAAAGCGUAGAAGGGAGCGUUUUCAGAAGCAGUCAUCGCUUCUUUCAAAAUUAACGCGCCAACUUAGCAUACACGACAAUCGAGCUGCUUCUGCUUCUGAUUGGUCUGACAGUGGCGCUGGGGCAGAAAGUAGCCCGAGAACAAGUGGUGGCUCAGUUGGUGACGACUGGAGGACUGCAUUUGAUGCAGCUGCUGCUAACGGCCCUGUGGAUUACAGGAGGUCUGGCUCUAAUGGUCCAACACAAAACGGUGACGUGAAUUCUCGAUCAGGGUCCAACAGUCGUCGUACCCCUAACCGUAUGCCACCCGCACCACCACAAUCUGGCUCCGGUUACAAAUAUUAAUGGUCAUAAUUCUUAAUUAUGAAAAGCCUACUUCAUGAUUUAAGCAUUUUAUCUUUUUUCCAAAAUUCUCUACAAAUAGCCCAUUAAAACAGGAGACUUGACCGAGACGAGACAGACGUGUGUGUAAAUAGGACCAUAGUUGCUAUAUUUUUCAGGUUCAACGGCUGUGUCCUAACUGUGGAUCUAAUUUUUCUACUCAAGUUUUGUCUUAUUUUUAUUAAUGCUGUUAUGUUUUUUUUUUUCAUUUUUAUUCUUGGUUAUAAUUUUCCUAUUUUAAAAUCCAUCCUCCCACGGAUUUAUUUGAUUGUAUUGACUAUUAUUGAUGCUAAAAAAUUGUAUUCGGAUUUAAGGACCGUUCAUUGGGUGGAGGAUAUUCUAUUGUAUUUCUCAAUAAGAUGUCUACUUUUUUUCCCCUCUCAAA